UGUUACAGAGCAUGUUAGCAGACUCCAGAAGCAUACAACCCGCCGAAAUGUUUUGACGUCAACCAACAAUGAUCCACGGGGUGACGUGAAUAUGGAUUGCUAUGUCUACCUCCAGAGGGAUUUAGACAUGGAAAGAGAGUGCAGAGAAGAUAACGAGUGAUGAUAAAAAUGGAGAGGUUGCGGAUGGAGAUCUUUUGGGUUGCUGCUAUCAUUCAGUUUGCAAUGUGUACCACGGCAACAAACGAUAUCUCAACCUCAGCACAGAUGGAAUCCGGCGCAUACGCAUGGAGUACGUGGAGUACUUGGAGCCCCUGUUCGAGGACCUGCGGCGGUGGCGUGGCCGUACAAAAGCGCGAGUGCUUGCCCAGGCCAGGGUCUUUUAAUACGACGCUUUCAACGCCGACCGUGCGAGUGUCUAGGCAAACGCGCGGCGCGGACUGCGUCGGGGUCGCAAGGAGAUAUCACCAGUGCAAUAUGGCUCCAUGUCACGCCGGGGUCGCGAGCGCAUCAGACAUGCGAGCUGAGCAGUGCUCGGCGUACGAUCGCCGGCCAUUCCGGGGGCGGUUUUACACCUGGUUACCCUAUAUAGAUGGCGAUUCUCCAUGCACCCUGAACUGCAGACCUCUUGGAAAGCAUUUCUACGCUUCAUUGGCCUUGGUGGCGGAUGGAACUCCCUGCACCAGACCUGGUCUCCGAGCCAUUUGUGUCCAGGGGUCUUGUAAGGUUGUGGGUCGCGAAGCGGUGCUAGCAGGCAACACACAUGACAUGCGAUGCGGUCGCCGGCUGGUCUCAGGCCUGUUCUCCCGGCCUAGACUGCCGCUGGGCUACUCCUACGUGACCACUGUUCCACGCGGGGCUUGCCGUCUCAACGUCACGGAGAUUAUAUCUAGCGAGAAUUAUAUUGCUCUAAAAAUCACAAAUGGAUCAUACAUAAUGAACGGAGAGUUUGCUGUCAGCGCUCCAGGAACGUAUGACGCAGCGGGCGCACGGUUCAUCUACUCAAGAGUAGCCGGGCUUGAUGCAGUGUUUGCUCAUGGGCCUAUCCAUUACCCUAUUGAUAUUAUGAUACUUUACACCCAACCAAACCCAAGCAUCAAGUACGAAUACUUUACUGAAUCACAGUCUGGCGAGUUAGACGCUGAAUCGAUUACAAGAUCGGCACCUGAAUUACCUUCAACGAUUUCCCCUAAACAUACCCGAAGACAUCACAGUCUGGACGCUUUUCCUAGACCUGUCAAUGUUCCGCGAUAUAAGAAUGUAAAUGGUAUGCAAGAUGCAUUUUCUGGAGAGGAGUUCGAAGAAAACAUAGUUGGGGAUAGAAGAUUUAUCUGGAAAAUACUCUCGUAUACCCAGUGUUCCAGGAGUUGUGGUGGAGGAUUCCAGGUAGGAAAAUUCCGCUGCGUUGAAGCUAGCAGCACUGGUGACCGGGAAGUAGCCCCAGUGCACUGCACGGGCUCUUCACCCACAAGCAGACGUCGACGGUGCGGUAACGUGUCGUGCCCGCCGCGGUGGCGCGCCGCCGCCUGGUCGCCGUGCCCCGCCUGCGGGCCCGCCACAAGGUCAAGAAUCGUUGGAUGUGUCCAGGACCAUUCAAGAGGCAUCACGAAAAUAAGCGAUCAAAAAUGCCCAUCACCAAAACCAUCGACAACAGAACCUUGCGAUAUUCCCGACUGUCCCGAUGUAAGGCAAGUGGAUAGACGGGUAAAACGACCUCGAGAACAUGUGGACGCGUUCCACGAAGGACCGGUGUAUUCCGUAGCCGUUAACGGCUCUGAGGACGAAAUCGGCCCGGAAUACAACUUCAAUGCGGCGGCUAGUUGGCUGUUUACGGAAUGGUCGGAGUGUGUAGGCUGGUGUGUUGGCGGUGGUCUACAAACUCGUGGAAUUCGAUGCUCGGAUCCAUCGGGUUGCACUCCUAUGAGAUCUCCCGAUGCAUCACGAUCAUGCAGUCCGAAGAUAUCAUGUGAACCUCAGGAAGGACAUUGGUUUACUGGAGAAUGGUCACUAUGUUCUUCGCCUUGUAAUGGGAAGCAGAUUCGCGGAGUCCUGUGCAUAGGGGGCACCGGUAGACACCUGAAAGAUUCUGGUUGCAAGACGCCGAGGCCGGCGGAUGAGAGGGAUUGUGAAGACAAGUGCACGCCUACUUGGUACUUUAGCGAGUGGAGUCAGUGUAUUUCCAACUGUUCGUCGAACACCGGUGUCCAGCGGCGUACCGUGUGGUGCGCGCGCGGCUCGGGUGCGGCGCGCGACGACGCCUGCGUCACAGCCGGCGCGGGCGAGCGUCCGCCGGCGCAACUAUCCUGCACUCCCCUGUGCAGUGUGACAGUACCACCGGACUUUAUUGAAUCUCAAAAGGUAGCCAGAAGUGAUACAACAACUAGUACUACAACAACUACCACUACAACUGAAGGCACUACCACGCAGCAAUAUGAAGCAAAAGAUUGCGAGGAUAAGCUCAGCAACUGCGCCUUGGCGGUGCAGGCCCGUCUCUGCCACUAUAAGUACUAUAUACACAACUGCUGUUAUUCUUGCAAAGGACGGUAGAACGGCACUUCGCCUACCAUUCUAAGUGAAGUAAAAUACUUAAAUUUAUAUUCUUCGAAGACUCCUCUUGUGAGGAAAAGACAAUUGUAUAAUUCUGACACUGUCUAUAGCGAAAUGUAUAAAUGUUAGCCGCAGAGAUAACACUUAACAGUUGAACAAAUCUUGUUACCGACACUGUAAGGGCCUGUUCUGUUUACACAAUAUUUAUUAGUGUUUAGUGCGAGUUCAUACAUUUGCUUGAUUUGCUACUAAACGCAAGUAGCGAAUGUAUGAGCUUACACUUAACACUAAUCAAUGGAACAGCCUAAAGUAAUAUAAGUAAUAAAACCUGAACUAUUUGGGCAUCCACGUUAAUAUUACCUAUAUUAGUAACACUGACAAGACAUCACUGAUAGUACUGCAAUAAAGUGUCCUAGGUACUAUGAUAUCUACGAUUACCAAUUGUUAUAAAUAUAAUCAGUUUCAUCAAAUACUUUUUUUAUCAGUUACUCAUACUCAUGCAAUCACUUAUAUUGCUAUGUUCGCAAUCCGGAUAUAUGUAAAGGACGCAUAUACAUAUAUUACAUAGAUAUUACAAUGUAUAGUAAUUAAAUGUAUACAAUGAGUAUAUUGGUGUGAUAUUUAAAUUGAUUAUUUUGUAAAUUUUACAGCAUACAUUUUAAUCGAAUAUGUAGAUUUUUGAAAACUUUUGUAGUUCUUAUUACUUAUUAAUAGGUCAGUAUUUAGCCCAUAUCCAGUGUUGAAGAGUGGUUAAAAAGUAUUCGUUAGUAUUAAUGUAUGUAAAUAGUAGGUACUUAUAUACUAAGGUUGAAUAAAUAAAGCAUCUUUA